AUGAUCCAGGUUAAUUUACUUUUUGAUUAUAUCACAUCGAUAUUAACAAAACAACCUUUUGAGUUAGAUCAAAAUAAAAGUAUGUAUAUAAAUGUAUUGAAUGAACUUAGAUCAUUAGAAAAAUACCAUAAAUCAAUUUUGGAUAUCAAAGAACGAAUAAUUAAAGCAGAUAUGGUGUUCAAAAAUUUAGGAGUUAAUAAAGAAAAAUUAGACAAUAAUUUUGUAUAUUACAAAGAGCCAUUUAUCUCUCAACCAAUAAAAUCAAUGGAACUAAAACUAAAAAAAAACAAAGCUAUUAUUGAAUCAAAACAAAAAAUAUUAAAUGUAUUAAAUACAACACAUUUAUUUCUAAGACUAUCGAAAAGAAAAAUCAAAGGAGAAAUUGAACAAAAUAAACUUAUGUUCCUUGAAAUUAAAAAUGCGUUAGAUACAUCAUUAAACGUACAAAAUAAAUUGCAUUCACAAAAUACCAUAAAUGAGACAAAAAUUAUAGAAAUGUUAGUACAGAUUAAUUCAAUUGAAAGUCAAUUAAAAAAACGAGUUACUGAUUUUAAGUUAAGUGUUUAUGAACUAGAUACAAAUAUUAAGAAAGUUUCGACAGAAAUUCUUUCAAAUUUUGAAUUUAAAAAUAAUGAAAAAGAAUAUAUGAAACAAAAUUUCAGUAAGGAUAUAAUAAAUUCUGAUUUUAGUUUUUUCAAUAUGUAUAAUGAAGUAAGGACAAAUAUUGAUUCUCUUAAACAAACGAGCGUAUUGAUACCGUUAAACUCGUUCACACAUAGUAAAAGUCUAUUAUACGAUGUUAAUUGGGCUGAUUUUUUAAUAACUCAUAAUCUUGCGAAUGAAACAGUUCUUAUCGAUUUACAACAGAACUGCAAUACACUGACUUCUUUAAAUAUGUUAAUGAACAAUAUACAUUUUGCUGAACAAGAGAUUAUUGCAAAUUUAAAAAAUGCUUCUUGCUUUGUUAAUAAUGUUCUAUCAAAACGGGAUCUAAACACACAAGUUCUAAAAAAGUUAAAUGACGAAUUGUUUGAAUCGAAGAAGAGAAAUAAACUCAUGAUGAAUGUUUAUCAAGAUAAUGAUGACUUAGAAAUUAAAUAUAUUAAAAAUAUUCACCAUAUAGAAAGUACAAUUUACAAGUCUAAUAUUCAAUUAACCGUAACAACAAAAAAUAUCGAAAAGUUGAAUGAUGAUUUACAAUGCUUAGAUUCAUUAUUCCAAACAACUAAAAAAAAGUACACAGAUCAACUAAUGAGUAGUUCAUGUUUAGUGAGGUUACGUGACGACAGACAAUCUAAUAAGGUGACGUUAUUGUAUGAAAACCUAAAAAAACUUCAGAACAGACAUAAAGAAUUAUUAACUGAGCAAAAAGAAAUCGUCGUGAAUGAAAUUAAAAAAAAAAAAUCGACUUCUGAAGCAAUAGUUAAAAAUAAAUCUAAGGAUAUUAUUGGCUCAAGAAAUGUAAUUACUUAUUAUAAAAAUAACAUAAAAGCAUACAAACAUUUUAUAUUACAGUUUGCGGACAUUAAUGUAUCUAUAGAAAAUGCUAUUAAAGUUCAUCAAAAUAUUUAUGGAAAAUUAGAACAAUUAGAAAAUGAAGAAAUAGAACUUACAAACUCUAUUAAAAUGUAUACUAACGAAAUUGACGAACUAAGUAAAGAAGCUGAACUUAUAGAAAAUAACUCGAAACGCGAUGAAUUAAAUAUCAAGUCUCAAAUAAAUAAUUUGAAUGAAAAACUUCAACAAAUAACCAGCGCUAAUAAAAGCCUAGAAAUGGAAUUGAAUAAAAAUAAAGAAUAAUA